AUGUGCGCAUACCACCCAGAAUCACCUGCACGUUAUAUAUGUCAAGGUGAGAGUUGCUUCGAAAAAAGAAUAUUUUGCCAUGCAUGCUUGAAAAACAACAAACAUAUGCAUAGUGUUAAUAGAAAUGAAUUAAUAGAGGAAUUACCAUAAAUUUUGGAGGGUUCACGUUAGGAUUGUGAUCACCUUUUAGAAUUUAUUGAAGAAACCUUUAAAGAAAUCAUUUUAUUUAAAGAUUAUUUAAUUAGGGCUAUUAGAAAGAAAUAUCACAUUUAAAUAGAGUUAUUUAAUGAAAUUAAUAUUGAAUCUAAAUGCUAAGCAUUAGAUAAUUUAAUCAAAUUCAAAGAAGAUUCAAAAAUUAUUUAAUAAGUAUUGGAUCAACCAUUUAAGACAGUUUUAUCACAUAUUAAAGAUGGAAUAACAGAUGUUUGUUUAGAAUAAGUAACUUACCUAGGAUAGAUGACUGAAUAAGAGCGACAGUAAUUUCAAAAUCAUAUCACCGAAAGUUAGAAUUUAUUUUAAUCCAACCGUUUGGAGGAAGCUUUAGAAAAGGUAGAGAGAGCACUAAUUAUAAAUCCGAGAGAUCUAGACGCUCUUAUUUAAAAAGGCAAUAUAUUAAUGAGACUUCAAAGAUUAAAGGAAGCUCAAUAGCAAUUUAUUUAAGCUCUUAAAAUUGAUGAGUUGCAUGUUACAUCCAGGUUUGCAUUAGGUUCUUAUUAUAUACGUACCAAUUAAAGAAGACAGGCACUGCAAUAGUAUUUUAAAAUAAUAGAUAUUAAUCCUGGUAAUCAAUAAGCAAUAAUUUAAAUUGAUUAAUUGCUAGAAGAAACUUAUUGA